AUGGAUGAGAAAACAUAUAAAAAAUAUAAACAAAGGAUUCGUGAAGCUGUAGCUGCUGUUGAUAAUAGGCCUCCAAGACUUGAUGUAUCCUAUUAUUAUAAAAAGCGUAAUUUAACUAUUGACGCAAAUCGAAUAAGAGAAAUAGAUAGAGAAAAUAUGGAUUUGUUGAAAAGAAUAAGUAUAAUUUCUCGUACAGGUGGAAAAGUUGAUUGUUGGAUGACAAGUAUUAAGUAUAAAACGAAUCUUGAAGACCAAGAACCAAUAAACAGACACAUUAUGAAAAAGAAUAAAAAUUUAUUAAAAAGAAUUCGCGAAGCUAGCAGUAACUAUCCUACUGGAGAAUUUAUAAAAAAUUGGAAAGAAAUGAAUAAGAAAGUGAUGCACACCAGAAGAAACACACCAUUCCAUCGUAUAGUUUCGGGUUAUUGGUGUAAAGGUGGUGAUGUAACAAAAUUCGAUGGAAGCGGUGGAGCUUCCGUUUUUGAUAAUCCAUUCGAAAAUGAAAAUUUUAAUUUACGACAUGCGGGCCCUGGAAUUUUAUCUAUGUAUAACGACAAGGAUAAUAGAAACGAUUCCAAAUUUAAUCUUACAUUUAGACGCUUAGAAACAAUGGAUGGAAAAUUUGUUGUCUUUGGGAAAGUUGUUUCUGGCCUUUCAAAUAUUUACAAAAUCGAAGAAUUUGGUACAAAGACAGGAAAACCCAUAAAAACAGUAAUUAUAUCUAAUUGCGGUAUUAUAUCAAGGAAACAUGAGUAUCAUUCUUCGAAAGACUACAAAUAA